AUGCGCAUCGCCAUCGACUACAAGAUGGACGAUCGACUCGUGGCGAGAUUUGAAGAGAUGAAACUACGCGCCCAUCACAAGGCAGGCGGCUAUUCGCAUCGGAUCAAUUUCCUGAGGCACCUUCGAGCGAAAGGCCCGGCCGUACUUGUCGACAAAACUUCUUUGAAGAAAGAAAAAGAUGAUAAACCGCUGACAACGACGCACGAUUUUGACACAAAUCAAGCGCCUCUCUCGACGUCAAGCCGUAACUUCGACACUCAGCCUAUACUAUGGGACGAUGCAGAAGUGAUGGUCAAAAAACUUGAGACUAGACCUAUCAGCCACAAGCAGCUCGUGGCUGAAGUCAAAGGCAUUUUCGCCGGGCUCGUGCUACUCGAGAGCAAGUGUAUCGAGGUCGUCAACGCCCAGUUUUCCAAAACGGACUCAAAGCUCAAUCAUGAGCAAUGGGAGGCCCUUGUUGUACUGCACCGUACUCUUCUACAUGAGCACCAUGACUUCCUCUUGGCCUCUCAGCAUCCCUCCGCCAGUCCAGCCUUACGUCGGCUUGCAAUUAAGAAUGAAAUGCCAGAGCGCUUGAGGAAGAACGGGAUCCAUUCCUUUCUGGAGUUAUUACACAAACGUCUGCCUGAAUCACUCGAGCACAUGCGAAAUUUCGUCAACUUGGCGUAUUCCUUCACCGCUCUGCUAUAUGAGACGGUGCCGGCUUUCAAAGGAACUUGGAUUGAAUGUCUUGGCGAUUUGGGAACAUACCGAAUGGCUAUAAAUGACAAUGACCUUCGGGAUCGCGAAGUCUCGACAUCAAUGACACGUUAUUGGUACUCCAAGGCCAGUGUAGAGUCUCCUUCAAUCGGCCGUCUAUAUCACAAAUCAGCGACCUUCGCGAAACCGAAUACUCUCGAGCGUCUCUUCUUCUACACAAAGUCGCUCUGUGUACGGGCUCCAUUUAUUGAAGCUCGAUCCCUUAUGACGUUCUUCGAUCGGAACAACGAUGAGGUCUUCGACAUGCCUAUUCUCAGCACAUGUUCGCUCGAAUGCAAGGAGGCUCCAAGCAUGGAACUGACAAAUGAAGUGAUUGAAUCUCUAAACUUGGAUGGCCUCGACGCCGGAACCGAGGAACUUGACCGCCUGGAAUCCGCUUCUAUUAUGGUUGAUGCUUCGGAAGCCGACCUAGAGGAUCUCGAUUUCGUGAUGGUCGAGAUCACGGCUGAUGACGUGAACGAGGUCGAUCUCAUGCAACAGGAAUCUCCAUACAUCAUCACCGUGGCUCUCCAUGACGUCGACGUCGACAUCAUAGGCAUCGAGGCUAUAGAUAUCAACACUGCUUUCGUGCGUGCCCAUGAUCUUCUGUUCUCCGGAAAGCACCGCGACCAGUUCAUUGCGUACUCGGAAGCCUUUACUGAAAACCUCGCGGCGUCCAUAUGCCGGUCGGCGGAGCAGGGGUACCAAAUCUCAAUCGUGCUGAGUUGCGCUCUUCUUGAGUACGGGAAUAGGAGCAACCCGGUCAUGAGGGCUAUCCAAAAACGACGUCCGGACGAAGAAGGCUUGGCUGCGGACGACAUCCAAAGUUUCGACGAGAUAGCACCCAUCCCAGCUCAGAGAUUCACCGAUGCGCUUGAGUUCGUGUUCCGUGCCCACAGAGCGGUGCUUGGUCUCACUGGCGAUGACAAGGCUUCACGUUACUCCUACAUGCAUGUCGUCCUGGUCUUCCUGCACCACUUGUCACAAUUCCCCGGUGCGAUGGCAUAUAUUGAGGCUAAGGUGCCCUGGAGCAUGAUCUGCUCAUUCUUGAAUAUCGCCAUGGAGUCAUGUUCAUCCGUCCAAAAUAUCAAGUCGGAUAAUUCGCCGACACCUGUCAUUUCGAGUGCUCAGCCGCUGCCGGAGGACUUUGCACAGAUGGGUUUGCUAUGGGCUGAAGAGUAUUAUCCCGACAAAUGGUUUACGGGAAAAGAGAUACACACCGACGAGGACGGUCUACCCCCUGACUAUAUGAUGCAGGAGCGUGUAUACCGGUGCCUUUGGCUUGGGUGUCGUCUUGCCGAAUCAGGCAGCUGGUUGAAGUAUGACAAGAACCUCAUGCGGUUUCAGGUGGACGCGAGGUUUGACGUCGAACUUUGA